AUGGGACUCUUACAGAAGUUCAUCCCUCCCCAUGACCGCUAUGCGGCGCUCAUGCUCUAUGGCAUGGUGUUUUCCACCUGUUUCAAUGGAUAUGAUGCCGGUAUUAUGACCGUUAUCCUGGCGGAUAAACAAUUCAAGCAUUAUUACAAUAUCGACUCUACCAGGAGUGGUGUCAUUGCCACUAUUCCCUGGGCUGCAACGGGUUUGGCACAGCUUUUUGUAGGAGGAACCUUGGCUAGCUUUGUAGGCAGACUCUGGGCUCUGCGGAUAUCCAUCUGUGUAAUGAUUAUUGGGGUGUAA